AUGGACUUUGGCGACCUGCAGCUGCAACUGGACAGUAUUGGUCAGGAUGCCAACCAACCGGAAUCCUGGGCCGUGCAGCAGGAUGGCUCGCUCAGACACUGCCCGACCAACAUCGUCAUCGGCGAGGGUGGGCUUCGGGAUGGGGUCGGAGAGAUUGAAGUGGAUCAGACAAAUCUCCUCGGUCGUGGAGCGGGCGGCGUUGUCUGCCGGGCCGUACACAAGCCCACAGGCAUGCCUUUGGCAGUGAAGGUGGUGAGAGUAGAGGACAAGGCGAAGCGUGAUCAGCUCAUCAACGAGAUCCACACCCUCUUCCGGAUCACGAAGAGUCACUUCUUGAUUGAGCUCUAUGAUGCGUACGUACACAAGGAGUCUGGCUGCGUGCACGUGGCCCUUGAGUACAUGGAUUAUGGAAGCUUGGCCGAUCUGAAGCGACGUGUCAAAGAAGUUCCUGAAAAUCUCCUCGCUCUGAUUCUGAUGCAGAUCCUGGAGGGCCUGAAAAUCCUGCACCUCAACAACGUUGUGCAUAGAGAUGUGAAGCUUGGCAAUAUCCUCGUCAACUCCCGUGGAUCUGUCAAGGUCACCGACUUCGGAAUCUCCAAAAAUCUCGGAGACUCCUUGACAGUCUGUGACACCUUCGUGGGCACAGCCACCCACAUGUCUCCAGAGCGCAUCCUGGGGGAGGACUACAGCUUCGCUGCUGACAUUUGGAGCUUGGGUCUGUGCGUCUACGAGCUUGCAUGUGGUGUGUAUCCUUAUGGGAGCGUUGCGUCAUUUCCAGUUCUCUUCGACAACUUGUGCCACAGGCCCGAGCCUCGCCUCUCCGCGGGCCGUUUCUCGAGAGAGCUCUGUCAAUUCGUCGAGGUGCAACUGUGCAAGAAGCCGGAGAGACGAUGGAGUGCGAUCGAACUGCAGGCAUCCGAGUUUAUCCUCGUCAACUU